UCCUCGUGUAUGGGUGUUUAUUUGCUUUAUUCGGAGAUAAAUGGGUACAAUGCCGACUCAGUAUUUUUAGAACAUCUACCUCGUCCAUCUUGCGCUCUUGUGCUCACUACCAAAUCUCUUCAACUUUCACACGUACCCCAACGACUAUUAUUUGAUCAUCAGCGAUUCCCUCCCAUAGACUCUACUGGAUCUCGCAUCGCCAUCGCAUUCGUGGUCCCCGAGAAUCUAUUCAUUUCGCCACAGAUUUUCGCCAUCAAGGGCUCGCCAACUCGAAGGCGGGCCUUGACUUCUACCCCUCACGAUGUUCCGAUUGAUUAAACCCCGGUUGACGAGUACGUGGACAACAAAUGUACGGGCGAGAUCAGGACCUGGCCGUUUUGCUGUGAAUCCAUUAUCUAUGCGCAGCAAUGCUCCGAGAUACGCAGGAACGGCAUCGAAUCCACAUGUGGUUCGCUUCCGGAAGUCACCCAUUAGAAUGAGAAACGUCGCCAUCAGCUUUAUGGUGGUAUAUGUCUGCUUUGAAGUUUACACCAGGCUAGUUCUCGGUCCCUUAGACAAGGCUGCUGAGGAGGCAUCGAAACACAUACCGGAGGAGGAGUGGCAAGAGGCCGAACCACCAUUAUUUAUACCCUUCCCUGGCACCGCGAAACAGCUGCCUACUAUUCCUUAUAAAGGAACUGAUCCAGAAUUCCAAGAGUUCAUCAAGAUUAGCCAGGAUACAAAGCUUAUGAAUAAAAUUAGGGCUGACUUGGCGGACAUGAUGCGGGAUCUUGCUUGCAAUAGUCUGAUCGCUGUACUUAUUGGAAAGAAUCUAAAAAGUAGAAGGAUUUGGCUCGAUAUUGACUUUCCUUCAAUUCCUCCACCGUCAUUCGAAAGAUCAGGGAUCGAAAUUUCUGACGAUGCAAUAUCCUGGGUCACACAGCCCGUCGAUCACCGAUUAGUAUACAAAAUCCGAAAUGUUUUAUGGCCAACUGUUGUUUUUCAAUCCUCAUGGAGUUUUAUAAAAGUCCUGGCUGCAGAGGAAUUAAGAAAUAUAGCAGGAAUACUUGGCCUGGGAGUUCAAACGAGUCCUGAUGAACAAUCAGUGGAGCAGAUUUUAACGUUACAAAGAACGAUGAAGGGGUUGAAAGGACAACAAAAGGUACCAGGGGGUGUUCAAGGGCCACUAGAUGCGAAGGAUGAGCCAUCACAACAGCAUCUGGAUGACAAAAGUAAAGAAAUUAGGGACAUUACAGGACCCGGAAAAUCAACCGUGAAAGAGGAGAUUUUCCCUGCACUUGUAAACAAUAUCAGGGACAUCCACGCAGGGUUUGCAAAACCCUUCAUGGCAUUCAAAUACAAAUACGUCGAGGCCAGCAGGUUGUGGCCAACUCAAAACCUUCAUCCAAGGGGUUCUAUUAAAGUAUCUGGAUUUGUCGAACUGGAAUCUGACAGGGCUUUCGUGGUCUUUGAUGUCAUCGCAGCUUGGGAUCCUAAAAAGAAGGAGUUUGACGCUGCAAGUAUGCAAGUCAAAAUGAGAAGAGUGCAAAGGAAAAAACAAAGACCUAUUGGAUUACCACGAGGCCCAGUCAGCUGAUGGUACUGUGCUUAGUGGAUAUCGGGUUUUGUUUUGAGGCGUUCAUGGUGGGUAUCAAGACACAUGGAUGUGAUGAUAAGGCGUUUAGGUGAGUGGAACAAUAGAGUCCCAUACUCUCUACUAAUGGAGUUGGAUUUUUAUAAGCGUAUUACCUUGGACUAGUCUAGAAAGGCAAAGCUUGGGGUAAGGAAGCGAUGGUUUACGAGGGGAUGAAAGUACCUAUCUGAUGUACUACACAUUUGAUUAAUACGCAAAAUAGCGAGUCAAAGCAAAAUUGAUUAGUCCUUUGUAACGAUUCUUCUCUAAAACUGCAUUAAUAUGUGCAAAUUCUUUCAGUUUGCGUAUUGCAAUGUUAUGACAUCAUUCUCAUGUAGUAUUCUAGAGUCAAUGCGUUUUCUUUCGUUUCCACAAUUUGCCCCCUUCUUCUCCCCCUUUCAGUAUUUCGAGGCGGAAUAUCAUGUUUAUAAGCUGAUCCUUUUCUGUCUUUCACUGCCUUUGCAAUGCAUAUGAACUGUUUUAUUGACAUG